ACUGCGUCGCCCACUAAGCGAGCAUAACAUCGCCUUGGAUUCAAGAGCCUCUUCGCCUGUGUGUGGAAGACCUGGCUCCCACACUUGCCCCCACCUGUAAUGAGGACCCUGUUCAUAAACGGAGCUGUCUAUUCACCACUUCUCUGGGUCUAAGGAUGUCCCGGGAUUUGAGAAAAGGCGGCUGAUUGUACACGGAGUCCCAGGAUGCUGGCGACAAGGGGCAAGCGGCCUGUUAGCUUGGAGGAGUGCUUACCUAUUCAUUUUCUGGGAAUCACCGUGUUAGUGGGGAAGUUGUUAGGCUUCCUCCUUUCUCGGUACCCUUGAACUUCAUCCCUACAACCCUGAACCCGCAGCACCCUACAAACCCGGCUCCAGCCGGCCUGCUCCGGAAAACAGGCGUCACUGCCCCCCAUUUGCUUCGGACUUGGCUCAGCCGCCCCCUAAACGCCAGCGGCCGUUUGAACCUGCUUGUCCCCCACCCUCGGCGGGCGGGGCGGACUCACUCGCACUCCCUCCCGGCCCUGCCCGCCUGCUUCUCCCGCCCGGGACGCGCCUCCCUCCUGCAACCCAGUCCUGUGAGCCCGGCGUCUCCGCUGCCUCCUGCUCCCGCCUGGCCGGAUCCGAUCCGAACCCGAGCAUGGAACCGGGACAGCCCCGGGAGGCCCGCGAACCCGGGCCAGGGGCAGAGACCGCCGCGGCGCCGCGCUGGGAGGAUGCCAAGACUUUCUAUGACAAUCUCUCGCCCAAGAAGAAACCCAAAUCGCCAAAGCCUCAGAACGCAGUAACCAUCGCUGUGUCCUCCAGAGCCUUGUUCCGCAUGGAUGAGGAGCAGAGGAUUUACACGGAGCAGGGUGUAGAGGAAUAUGUACGCUACCAGCUGGAGCAUGAGAACGAGCCCUUCAGCCCUGGACCAGCCUUCCCCUUUGUGAAGGCCCUGGAGGCUGUGAACAAGCGGCUUCGGGAGCUGUAUCCUGAUAGCGAGGAUGUUUUUGACAUUGUCCUCAUGACCAACAAUCAUGCUCAAGUGGGAGUCCGUCUCAUCAACAGUAUCAACCACUAUGACCUGUUCAUUGAGCGAUUCUGCAUGACAGGUGGGAACAGCCCCAUCUGCUACCUCAAGGCCUAUCACACUAACCUCUACCUGUCAGCUGAUUCGGAAAAAGUGCGGGAAGCCAUUGAUGCAGGAAUUGCAGCUGCCACCAUCUUCAGCCCCAGCAGGGACAUAGUUGUUUCCCAGAAUCAACUCCGCGUGGCCUUUGAUGGGGACGCAGUUCUCUUCUCUGAUGAAUCCGAGCGCAUCGUCAAGGCCCACGGGCUGGACAGAUUCUUCGAGCAUGAGAAGGCCCAUGAGAACAAACCUUUGGCACAGGGCCCCCUAAAAGGCUUUCUGGAAGCACUGGGUAGACUGCAGAAGAAAUUCUACUCGAAAGGUCUGCGGCUGGAGUGCCCAAUUCGCACUUACUUGGUGACAGCGCGCAGCGCAGCCAGUUCUGGGGCCCGGGCCCUCAAGACCCUGCGCAGCUGGGGCCUGGAGACAGAUGAGGCCUUAUUCCUAGCCGGAGCACCCAAGGGCCCCCUUCUUGAGAAGAUCCGCCCACACAUCUUCUUUGAUGACCAGAUGUUCCAUGUGGCUGGGGCUCAGGAGAUGGGCACAGUGGCUGCCCAUGUGCCUUAUGGUGUGGCCCAGACACCCCGGCGGGCUGUUCCUGCUGCUGCUGCUGCUGCUGCUAAGCAGACUUUAGGUUCACAGUAGCUAAGUCACCUUGCUCCAGGCAACCCAUCACACUUCCAGACCUCAUCUGGUGAACUUUCCUGGUUCCUCACGGUCCACCCUCCUGCUUGCCGUCCUUUUCCCUCUGCUCAGGUACUCCAAGGAACUUAGGAAGACUGGGCCAGAAUUCUCCAAGUCCUUGCUAGCCAAACACUGCUGUGAUCCUGGCUAGGGAAGCAGGGCUCUGCAGGUUAGCUUGAGUGUCCUGGAGGAAUGGGUGGGUCAGAGAAGCCAGAAUGUCAAGGGCUUGGGAUGGAAACUGCCGCAUGUAGUGCAGAGAACACAGUGUGAGAGAGGGUGGAUUUGGCAUCUAAAGCAGACAGACCUGGCAUAGACUGCAUGACUUAAGUCCCUCUUUUUCAUAAGCCUCAGUUUACCCCUCUCCCUUUUAGGUGGUUUCCAAGCUUGGUUUUACAAGAUUAUGCCCCAAAUGAAUCAUCCUGUGCUGGGGCUGCUAGUACCUAUGGCACCUAUGUAGAUUACAAGAUGACAUUCUGUCUAGGUGAAUGAAUGACAAAACGAUGGCCCUUCCUCUGGCCUAAGCCUGGGCAUAGGCUAGAUUCCAGCCCUUCGCCCCUCAGCCCAUCAAAUGGGAAAUAUGCACAGUUCUGUACAGCAGCCCUGCCUGGUUUUUUUUUUCCAUAUCUUGCUGCACAGGAUAACCUGCUCUUUCCUGUGAUUUGCUAACCUGGGCCAUGGAUCAUCAGCUGCCGGGUGAAAGGUUUGGGGAAAGAAAAGAGAGGAAUGUAGCCCACAUGCAAAUUCUCCUCUAGCCAGUAGGGGGGCACUGAAGGCUCUAGCUGGAGUGGGCUUUAGUGGCUUACCAACCCUGGGUUGCCUUCAGUUUUUAGGGAAAGUUCAGUAGUUCUGCCUGCCAAACUCCUCACCUCAGUCCUGGGUCAUCAGUCACUGCCACCUGCCAUGCUGUAAGGAAGCCCUCCCAGCAUCAAAAGAGAGCUCUAGACCCAAAGCUGGAGAAAGCACAGGCCCUAAAGUGAGUGGUUGUCCAGGCUGAGUCUGAGGGCAAGCUGCUGCAGGGAGACGUGGGAAGUGUCAGGUGUGAUCUGAUCUAAGACGCUAAGGACGUGAUGGCUUAGAGAGGAACGAGUUGAACGUGUACCAGCAUGAGUCUACUGUGGAUUGGGGAAAGCCAGUCAGAACUACCCUGGAGGUGAUGAGCUGUCACUGAGGUGCUGUGCAAAGGAUUCUGGGAUGGGCUGAGCUCCCUGAGAGGUACCAAUGAUGACUCCACCUUUGCACGAAUCCAUGCAGCCCUUUCUUCUCCACAUGGCGAGUGAUGGUCACUUCCUCCUUUGCUAAGCAGCCCAGGCAUUCAGAGGAAAGGCGGGAGAACAGAUGGUUGGUCCCCUAGGAAGAAGGGGCAAGCAGACAUGUAUUCAUGCACUGAGUCCCUGGCUCCCACAGGGAUGCCAGCAAUGAGGAAACCCAAAGCAUCAUCAGGGGGCCAGGAGAGGAGCCUGGAUAUUGAAGGGCGACCAGAGACUCUAACCUCUGUCCGUCUAGGCAUUUGACUCAAGAUCUGAAUAAGUUCAUGUUCUGGACAGUGUGUCUCUGGAUAACAGCUGCAGGAAGGAGGACAAAGAAGACUCAGGAGCUCCUGGAAAUGAGUUCCAGCUUGGGCCAAAUGAGAAAUACGGGGCUGAGCAUGCAUCUGUGUCUGCAGCGUGAGGACACUGUUCCUGUCUGUGUCUGCAGCAUGAGGACACUGUUCCUGUCUGUGUCUGCAGCGUGAGGACACUGUUCCUGGAAGACAGAGAUGAAUGUGAAGUAGACAAAGCUGCUUUAUGGAGCCAUUAACAUUGCUGCACCCAGGAGGGCAAGACACCAAGGUAAUUUUGCACAGGGUCAUCAUUAUAGCCAGGACCCUUGUGGCCAGCAGAGGAGGCCUCAGGGUAGAACCAAGUCUGGAAGGGGCUUCCUUCAUGCCUGGUCAGAGAUGUUGUGUGACCUAAGAACAGCUGCAAGGAAAUGAAGAGCAGGUGAGAGAAGAAGCUUAGUCUCAGGGCACUCUCCAUCUUCACCAGAUCACACAGUAAGUAGCCUUCUGCCAUGAGGCCAUAGUCACCCCCUUGAAGGGUACCCACCCAGGCUCCCGGUCAGUGGUCACAAGCUUGUAAAGAUGUGUAAAGUACAAGCUCACAGAGGGUCUUUAGGCUACCCAGCCAGAAAAGGCCUGUGUACUGUGAAAACAGCACCAGAUGUUGCCAAAUUUGGGUGCUGAGAUGCAUGAGGUCUAGUGACCAGGGCCUGGUCAUGAAUACUGCAAACCCUUCCAGGUCUCUCAGGAAACAGGAAUGCUACCAUGCCAGAAGCAAGAAGAUAAGGUGCGGUAAGAGGCUGUGGGCUUCACUGGAGACACCAUGAGUGGCUACAGACAGCCCUGGGCAGUGCAGAAAUGUCCAAAUUCUAUUACUGAAACCAAAAAUGAGCAUCUCAAGCCUGGACAAAAGCUUUUGGAGCUGGAAUAAAAGGCCAGAAGUCCUGGGGGCAGGCUCCAGCUGCGGCCAGACAGUCCUCCUGAUGGACUCAAGGGCCUGAAGAGGAGCCUGGCAGCACGAAACAUUGUUUAUUGUGUUACCAGAGGAUUUGAAAACCAGCUGAGCAUCAGAGCUGCAGGCCCAGCCUCAGACUGCAGCACUGGGACAGAAGAAUCAACUGCUCCCAGAACACUGGACCCCUUUAGCUGGAAGCACCACAUCCCUAGGUCUGGCAGAACACUCUUAGGAAGUGCUUGCCAACAGAGUCCCAGGCCCCGUGGAACCUGCCAGUCAACCAGCGGAACAGUAGCUCUGUUUGUUGUUGAGCAUGGAGACUGCUAAGAUCACUACAGAACUCCCUUCGGGGGAGGGAGAUGCAGCUGGGCAUCUGGCUCAGUCAGUAGAGUGCUUGCCUACUGGAUGCAAAAGCCUGGAUUCAACCCUCAGCGUGACGUCAGCUAGGUAUGAUGGUGCACACCUAUGAUUCCAACACUGGGGAGAUGGAGGCAGGAGUAGUCAGAAGGUAAAGGUGAUCCUCAGCUAUGUAGCCAGUCCAGGGCCAGCGCUGUGGUCCGUGUCUACCCUCUUGAGGUAUCCUGGACAUACUGAUGUGGGCAGCUAGUGUAACUUGCUCAAAGUCACCCAGGUAGUAGGUGGCAGUGCUGGGACAGUCUGAUGCUGGGACCUGAAUGUCCAUCAUUUUCCAUAUAGUGUCAAGAGAAGCUCCAUUCUGAGGUCUUCACUGGAAGAACUCACCUGAAGCUGGCUUGUUAAAAAGCUGGGACACACUUGAGAGGGCACAUUGUGCUUAGAGCAUCCUGACUACCAGUGGUUUAAAUUAGACCCAGACGUGUGCAGUCCCACUAAACUGCUUUUGAACAACUUCAAGCUAUGUGAAACUCAGGUUGCAGAUCUUUGAGUUGAGCUAAUAAAGGGUUUGGCUGUCUAAGGACUCUGAGGUCAGGUUGGAUCCAUUGCCUGUUGUUGUAAAGAAACGUCUGUUGUUUUAAACAUCGUGGCCAUUGGUUUAUAGAUGCAUUGCAGCAGCAGAAUUUAAUGGUACCAACAGAAACUCCAAAGCCAAGAGAAUACCUACUAUCUAACCCAGAAUGUCUGUUGACCCUGGACCAAAGCAAACACUCCUGCCCACUGGGACAAACAAGGUUACAUCCUCCUAAGCAUCUAAGGACAGGUGUUGGCUCCAUGGCUAAGGGGGAGAAGAGAUAGGGACUUAAUGACUAUCUAACCCUUUCCUGACAGUCAAGGAUUUAAAAUCCCAAGUACUGUAAUUUGCAGUUUGCUUGAUUCAUAAAUUUGACACCAGUCAUACUGAAUUCACCCUCUCAAGCUGAUGGGUGAGAGACCAGGAACAGGACCUUGGCUACAGGUGGCCUUGCUGGCUCUUCAGCACCCAUCUCUACAGCUGUGGUCUCGGCUCUCCAUUGGCCUCAUGGGGUCUCUUGAGCCCUGGUAAGCGGAUGGCUGUGAAACGUAGGCUUGGCAUAAAGUGAAGCGUCCAGUGUUGACUCCAGCCCCUCAGAUCUAGUGAGUCAUCUUCACUUGCUCUCUGAAAACAAGUUCUUAAGGGUUCCGGAAGGCUUUGGCUCAGAAGUUGUUGAUGGAGUGAAAAGUCGGAUUAAAAGGUGGACGUUUCCUCCAAGUAUGAGGUGCAAGCCACAAAGCCACCCUUACAAUGGAAGAUUUCAGAAUCCAUUACAAACACAGCAAGCUGUCUCACCUACUGCCAUGGUUGACGUCACCAUCCCAUCAUGAUAGUCCCCUUUACAAAGAAAGCCCAGGCUUGGCCUCAGAUUCUUCAUGCAGCAUUUCAGACAGCCUGUCCCAGCUGGGGGUGGUAUGAAGGAUUGAUUUCCAGCAGGCAGGCAUGGUCCUUGAUGUUCCUUCUCUGGUCUAUGGUGCAGCUACAAGGGUGCCAGCGUCUCACUGUCUCCAGCAGAAUCUGAUGAUGAUGAAGAGGAGGAGGACCAACCCCAAGGAUAGCAGCUUCACUGAGCCGGUACCAGAGACAGUGUUCCGGGUUCUGCCCUUAAGGCAAGGUGCAGAAACCUCUCUUGCCAGUAGGUGGCAAUGCAGACUAGCAUCGGCUGUGCCUGUAGUUUAUGGUUAACUUUUCUGUCCUUCCACGCUACCGCUACCGAUUACUGUGCUGGGUUCUCCUAAGGACUUCAGGUGCUCUGACAAUGUUUGUGAAACAUCUCUGUAUGAUGAGCCAGCCGAUGGUGGCUCCCACCGAAAACCACUGUGAUAGUGUAUGGGGAAACACCUGCGACCACGAACCACUAUACAGAUUGAGUACAGGUUUAUGGGUGUGAGUGAUGGCCCAGACUUCUCUGCUGAUGACUCUGUGUGUGCACACAUGUAUGUGUGUCUGGGUGUCUGGGUGUACCACACACACUUGCAAUCUUGGCCUUGGCGUGUGUACAGAUGGUUGUCUCUGUUAUCCGAGGAUGCUGGGCCGCACAGGUGAUUACCAGCAUCACCCCUUGGAACUGGUCCUGGCAACCCCAUCAUCUCACGGGCAUGCUGCUAACUGUUCCCAUCAUCUCAUGAGUACAGCAUGUGCCUCACCUGAGGGCCACGGAGGCCAGAUCUCUCAGUCUUUCUCUGGUUUUCUGCUUAUGUUCCAUUUCUGUUGCCUCUGAACUCUGUCUCCUACCCCUGUGGCUCUGCAGCUUUGGGGAGGAAGUGGCAGAAAAGACCCCAACUGACUCAGUCUCCACACAUCUCUUCCCUCUUCUAACAGAGCCAGGGUUAAUAUGGUCCGAUUAGGAGCUAAAGGCCACAGCUAGGCAAGCCGACUUUCUUCCUGGCCUCCUGGUUGUUUGGUUUGUUUGUUUUUUUCAAGACAGGGUUUCUCUGUGUAGUUU